AUGGCGUCCCUGAAGAAGCUCACACUCGCUCUUCUGUCCAGCAUCAUCAUGGCAUCAUCAUCCCUCGCCAUCGCCAGCGCCGUGGGCACAACCACCAGCACCCAAACGGCCGCCUGUCCCACCGGCACAACCCCAGCCUCCAUCUACGCGCCCACAAUGCACUACCUGCACCCGGCCGAGCCGGACCUCGCCGACGGCCCCGUCUCGGAGCUGCACAUCCAGCGACAGGGCAACGCGUCCACGCUCGAGCAGGUCGCCAUCUUCAGCGGCAUCCCAGCGCGCGCCAAGACGUGCACGCUGAAUUGGGCGCAGGCGGACCUCGGCGGGCGGCACUUCGCCGUCGAUGCUAAUGGGCUUCUGGAGGUGCUGCAGCUUUCCUCCCUACCCCUACCAUCAGACAGUAAUGCUCUCACGGCGGCGUCGGUGGCGCCGUUUGUCGACGCCGCGACGGCCGCUGGGAACGUGGUGUUGCAUCCCGACACGACGGGGUGGGACAGUCCGGCCUACGGUGUUGGGACGCAUAUUGCGGGGUUUGUCGACUGUGCUGAGGAGAUCUAUUUGAGGGUUGCUGUUGAUGGAAGGAUGGGCAGGGCGAGUGAUGGACAUGUUUAUCUCGGGCAGGACUUCCAGAAUGGGCUGUUUGUUACUUCCACUUGCUAA